GCCUCCUGCCCCGGAAGCGGACGCGGAGCGAAGAUGCCGCUGCCGGUCCAGGUGUUCAGCCUGCAGGGGGCCGUGGAGCCCAUGCAGAUCGACGUGGACCCCCAGGAGGACCCGCAGAACGCCCCCGAUGUCAACUACGUGGUGGAGAACCCCACCCUGGACCUGGAGCAGUACGCAGCCAGCUACAGCGGCCUGAUGCGCAUCGAGCGCCUGCAGUUCAUUGCUGACCACUGCCCCCCGCUGCGGGUGGAGGCCCUGAAGAUGGCCCUGUCCUUCGUGCAGAGGACAUUCAACGUGGACAUGUACGAGGAGAUCCAUCGGAAGCUCUCAGAGGCCACCAGGGAGCUGCAGAGCGCCCCUGACGCCAUCCCCGAGAGCGGUGUGGAGCCCCCACCCCUGGACACGGCCUGGGUAGAGGCCACGCGCAAGAAGGCCCUGCUGAAGCUGGAGAAGCUGGACACAGACCUGAAGAACUACAAGGGCAACUCCAUCAAGGAGAGCAUCAGGCGCGGCCACGACGACCUCGGUGACCACUACCUCGACUGCGGGGACCUCAGCAACGCCCUCAAGUGUUACUCCCGGGCCCGGGACUACUGCACCAGCGCCAAGCACGUCAUCAACAUGUGCCUCAACGUCAUCAAGGUCAGCGUCUACUUGCAGAACUGGUCUCACGUGCUCAGCUACGUCAGCAAGGCCGAGUCCACCCCAGAAAUCGCCGAGCAGCGAGGGGAGCGGGACAGCCAGACCCAGGCCAUCCUCACCAAGCUCAAGUGUGCCGCAGGUCUGGCCGAGCUGGCGGCGCGCAAGUACAAGCAGGCUGCCAAGUGCUUCCUGCUGGCCUCCUUCGAUCACUGCGACUUCCCCGAGCUGCUCUCCCCCAGCAACGUGGCCAUCUACGGGGGCCUGUGUGCCUUGGCCACCUUCGACCGGCAGGAGCUGCAGCGCAACGUCAUCGCCAGCAGCUCCUUCAAGCUGUUCCUGGAGCUGGAGCCGCAGGUGCGUGACAUCAUCUUCAAGUUCUACGAGUCCAAGUACGCCUCGUGCCUGAAGAUGCUGGACGAGAUGAAGGACAACCUGCUCUUGGACAUGUACCUGGCCCCCCACGUCAGGACCCUGUACACGCAGAUCCGGAACCGGGCCCUCAUCCAGUAUUUCAGCCCCUACGUGUCGGCGGACAUGCGCAAGAUGGCCACGGCCUUCAACACCACGGUGGCGGCGCUGGAAGACGAGCUGACGCAGCUCAUCCUGGAGGGGCUCAUCAACGCCCGCAUCGACUCCCACAGCAAGAUCCUGUAUGCCCGGGACGUGGACCAGCGCAGCACCACCUUCGAGAAGUCCCUGCUGAUGGGCAAGGAGUUCCAGCGCCGUGCCAAAGCCAUGAUCCUGCGGGCGGCCGUGCUGCGGAACCAGAUCCACGUCAAGUCCCCGCCCCGGGAAGGAAGCCAGGGGGAGCUGACCCCGGCCAACAGCCAGUCCCGGAUGAGCACCAACAUGUGAGGCCGCCGCGGCAGCCGGGCUGCAGGACGUCUCCCCCUCGCCCCGCCCCGGACCCUGGCCUCUGCCCGCCUGCGCGGCUCUCCUGGAGGGGCCGUCCGCGGCCCACUUGCCAAGGCCCGGCCGCUGGAGAGCAGACCCCGGGCCCCGCUUGUCGUGCCCCUCCAACCUGCAGCCUCCCGUGCGGGGGUCCUGGGUCCAGGCGUUGCAGACAGAGCUCGCCUGCAGCGCCCCGGCCCCAGCGGCACCACCACCCGCCCCGUCCACCUGCUGAGGGGGCCGCUGAGUCUCGUCCAUUAAAGGGCAGCCUGAGAACACGCCUUUGCACUGUUCUUGCCCGCAAGG